AUGAAGUACGUUCAGCUUACAAUCGAGCUCAUCACCAAGGCCUUUGAGACAUUCUCCUCUAAGAAGGGAGUGGAGUUUAACAAGAAAGAUGCAAAUAAGAUCUUUAAGGCGCUUGAUGAGGAUGAGGAAGUAGAGAGAUACUACUUUUGUGGAGAAAAGUGCACCAAGUCCAAGCGCAAAUGCAUGAAGGAAGUUGAUGAUGAAGGCAUGCAUUGUUAUGUCCACGAUCCUGCGCGCAAUAACAACAACGUACCUGUCGACAAGCGUACUAAGUCUUCCAAGGCUUUAAAGAAGACACAUACUUCUAAGUUUGUGUCUUCCGAUGACGAUAUGACUUCCGAGGAUGAAGAACCAAAGAAGCGAAAGAGAAACAAGCAGGAGUCAUCGGAUGAAGAGCCGUCCGAUGAUGAUGAUGAAGAAGAUAUAAUUGCCGAAAAGAAUCUCUACAUUGCAUUGUGUCCACCUAAGCUCAUGGGCAAGAAUCUCCCUGCGCCAGAAAUAUCUGAGAAAGAGGCACGCAUAUUGGCCAAGAUGGGUCUUCAAGAGGCAACUUCAGCAGAUGUAGAAAAAAUAGAAGAGUCUUCUGCUGAUGAGAAUUCUGACGAUGAUACAGAUGAUGGUGAUACGUCUGAUAAUGCUGACUCUGACGAUGAUUCCUCUAAAGAUAAAGACUCUGAUGAUGGCAAGUCCAAUAACAGACCUGAUGUAGAAUCUGAAGAUGAUACCUCUAAGGAUAACCCUGAUGAAAAACUAUCUCAUAAAAAGCCAUCUAAGGAUGAUGAGAAGAAGACUUCUCGAAAGAAAAGGCAUUCAGAGAUGCCCAAAAAUGCAGAGCCAUCUUCUAAUGCUAAGUACAUUGUCAAGCUAUGUGGAAAGAAUACAUACGUUGGCCUGUUUACGCUUGAUCAUCUGCGUGGCGGUGGUGAUGUUCCAGAGAUGGAUAUCUUGGAACGCUCCAUGCUUAGCAAGAUGAAACUUCAAGAAAUGUCUGAUGAAGAGAGAAAGAUGCUUUUCAACGAGGAGGUCGAAGUAGAAGAGGAACUACCAGUGGAAGGACCGACAGAUAUAUCCAAGAUGAAAUGGAAAAGGUUUCACAAGCAGCAAUUGGAGUAUUCCAAGAAUGUACUUGUAAAUGGAAAGCACAUUCUCAAGAUCCGCAAGCAAAACAUUGUAGUUGGCUUGGUGACUGAUGACCACAUUGGUGCAGAGAAUGUCGACUAUGAUAAUCUUAACCAAAAGGAAAAAGAAAAGAUCUUUGCUAUGGGCUUUAAGCCACAAUGGUCUAAGGAUAGGUCGACAGAGAAAGAUGAACCGGUAGAAAAAAUAGAUGAUGAGGUGCAAGAGUCGAAUGUUAAGGAAACUUUAGAUGAACUUGUAGAAAAAGUAGAUGAUGAGGUGCAAGAGUCGGAUGUUAAGAAAACUCUAGAAGAUGGUGGACCUAUGGAAAGCGAAAAUGUGAAUGCCUCAAGUGUUUACACUACAAAAGACCAUCAUGAUUUUCUGAAGGCAAUGGGAGAAGUAUAUAGCAAAAUAACAGCUAUCGAAGAAGAACUCCGCGAGGAAUACGUUUCGGCAGAUGAUUCGCCAGAGUAG